GUUAGGUAUUUCUUAUUUAUAUAAUAAAUUAAACUAUUUAAUUUCUAUCAAAAUGAGUGAAAAUAAGUCCGACGAUGUGGUAUUAGAGAAAAUAUUAGGUGUCGCUCGAAAAAAUCCGAAAGGUGUUUCAGAUAAAGAUAUGGCGAGUGCAGUACCUGAGCUUUCUUCUGCUGAGCUAGUUGCUGCUAUAAAUAAGCUCCUACAGCAAGGAAUGUUCGAUCUUUACAACCAGGGUGGAAAACUUAUUUACAAGUUAAAAAAUCAAAGUUCUAAGCAAACAUUAGCAAAAGGGGCAGAUAACGAGGAAAAAGUUGUUUACAAUCUAAUAGAAGAAGCGGGUAACAAAGGCAUCUGGAUAAGAGACAUAAGGGUGCGAUCCAAUCUUGCCAAUACACAACUUACAAAGGUGUUGAAAAGUUUAGAAAGUAAAAAACUAAUCAAAGCAGUCAAAUGUGUAAAUGCAUCGAAAAAGAAAGUGUACAUGCUCUUUAACUUAGAACCAGACCGGUCAAUAUCUGGUGGAGCUUGGUAUCAGGAUCAAGACUUUGAGUCAGAAUUUGUGGACAUCCUCAACAGACAGUGCCUAAGGUUUCUUCAACAGCGGGCUGAUAAAAUAAAAAAUAACCCACGGGGACCAAUAGUCGGCAGAACUCAAUCUUAUGCAACUGCAGCUGAAGUGCAGAAGUAUAUUACAGACUUAGGCAUAAGUAAAGUAAAACUGGAAGUAGAAGAUGUGAUAACAAUUUUAAAUACCUUAGUUUAUGAUGGUAAGGCAGAGAGCAGUGUUUACCCUGAUGGUAACAAAGUAUACCGGGCAAUAGAGUCCCUUAUUCCUCCUCCAGGGUUAGUACAAGUGCCGUGCGGAGUCUGUCCUCUAGUACAGAAGUGUUGCUCCGUAGGACUGAUCACUCCACAGACUUGUAAAUACAUGAGCGAAUGGUUAGAUCAAUAAAAAGCUACAAAG